GGAUCGUCUGUAAGCUGCCGUACAUCAUAUAUAUAUUCUCCGUUUGGUACCAUUUUUGUUGCUGUUUCUGUUACUCUGUGCUCUAAGAAUUCAGGCCAAGGUACAACCUUAUCAUCUCCCCGACAGUUUGUUUAACUGUUUCCGAACCUUCUCUAAUGAGACUUACUUCCAACAACUUCCAGCAGAGAAACUAUCAGCGACCUGCUUAAUGCGUUAUAUGUGGUCAGAUGUUGGGAUAAAUUGUCACAACAUGACUCAGCCCGAGUUAGACUACAUUGGAGAACUACUAGGGAAGUUUCUCAAUCGUCGUAAAAAGCGUCAAACCAACAGACGCAGACGUCGUGAGUACAGGAGUCUAUCCCAGGGAGACAGGACCAUCUACCAUAAUGCUGUCAGGUCCCUCAAGUCCAGAAGCCCUCCCCGGAACUAUGACACGAUAGCAAGAUACCAUCAAGCCAACGUCGGAAGAUCGGCUCAUGGAGGUCCUAAUUUUCCAGGGUGGCACAGAGUGUUUCUUCUUAUAUACGAGGAGGCCCUUAUUGAGGCGAGUGGUGGACAGCUGCAGGCCCUCCCAUACAUAGACUGGCGACUGGACUCCCGACUCAGCGACUCCACACAGUCUGUCCUGUGGACAGCUCAGUUCCUAGGAACUGGAAAUGGACUUGUAAAUAAUGGACCGUUUGCUAACUGGAGAGUGGAUGGCUCGUCACUCAUCCGUAAUGUAGGACUGGGACCUCGUCUUACCUCUGACGCUGACGUCCGACGCCUUUUCAGAAUUAAUAGUGUCCGUAGAUUUGGGACAGAUCUAGAGUUUCUCCAUAAUACCGCCCACGUAUAUAUAGGAGGACUGAUGUCAGAGGUAGAGAGAGCCACAUUUGAUCCAGUGUUCUUUAUGCAUCAUUGCUUCAUUGACUAUCUAUGGUGGCGAUACCAGUGUCCUAACAACAGAUGUAUAAGUGACAGGUUCAGGUAUCCAGGUACCAGAAGGGAUGGAUUACAUGCUCCUAACAGAUUUAUGGAUAAUUUAACAUUCCAAAAUCAGCAACUUCGAAACAGGAGAGGUUACGAUCGAGAUUGGUUAAAUUACUUCACGUAUGAAAACUCGCCCGCAGAAUGUACCAGUGGUUGUUCUUCCUUUUCAAAUCCUGGUGCACUUGACUGUACAGUGACCACCUGUAGAUCUGCCAGGGCUGGUGGGAGUACAGGAGGAAGUGGGGAUGGGGGCGGGGGUGGAGAUUAUGACGACUAUGAUUACGGUAGAAUUCGAAAGAAACGACAAGCCAUUCCACCAACCCCAUUCCAACAGACUUUCCCUAGCAAUGAAUACUUCAUAGCUCGACCAGUACAAAAUCUCUUUACAAUUAAUUGUCAAAGUAAUUCGAAUCAGUGGGGAUUCAUUCCAGUCAAAGUGGUUAAUGUACGGUCCAAAACAGAGGUGUACAACUCGUAUCCGGUACGAACAGGCAAAGUUCUGGUCUCUUCAUUGAAUGAUAUAUACGAUCAGUUGCCGGGCAUAGAAAAAAUAGAUAAACUGACAAGGCCAGGUCAUCCCAAGAGUUAUCAAAACUGUACAACUGACGAUUCCGGAGCAUUUCGGGUCACGAUCAACUCAUAUGGCUUAAAUUACUAUGGUUACUAUCAAGAUUAUGCCAUCAUGGACAACAGAGCACCUUUGUAUUCGGCGAUGACGUACAUUGCCGUCAGACGUCCGACUAAGUAUAAGCCAAGCUUUGUUUACCUAACAUCUUUUGACAACUGUGGAAGAUUUUGUACCCCCAAAUGCCUUGAGCCUGGGUCGAAGCCACCAAGGUAUAGAAGCUGUACAGGUGCCAUAAAAGUUGACGACAGCUUACCACGGGGGUAUGGCACCUCGUAUGAUGAUGCAGUUCUCCUGUAUUAUAGUUUCCAGGGUGCUGGAAGUUGUCCUCGUACUACUGAGCAGAAUGUUCCUAUCAUAUUUUACUGCAAUAAGGCAGAUAACUGGCUACCAAGGGCAACAAAUUCUAAUUAUUUUGGUUAAGUUUCCAAAUAAAUUAUCAAUACCAAGUGUUGAAUAUCAUUUAC